AUGAAGCCUCCCUUGGCUCAUGGCGAGGACUAUCAGUACUGGCUAUACGAACUCAUGCGAUUCAUCGCGGACCAUACAUCCAUACCCAUCCCGAACUUUGCGGUUGAGAUGGACGCCAUCACCUACAACCAGUAUGUCGUCGAAAAGAAAGUAGAUCCCCACAUGGGGAAACCGCUCAGUGUGGUAUGGCAUUUGUUGGAAGAUGGGCAGAAACAUCGCAUCGUGGUGCAACUCAGGGACAUUCUCCAGUUGCUCAGGGGCAUUGGGAUAAACAAGAUACCACAUGCCCCGUGCAUCACGGAUCGCUUUAUUGCUCGCAACGGAUGCAGCCCACUCAACCGUCGGCGGCCUUACACGGACAAUAAGGGAUUUGUAGAUAUCUUGAAGGACAGCGUAGGUGCGGUUAAUGGCGAUCCCCACGAAGCGAACACGAAUGCCAAGUUUGUCAAGGCGCUUGCUUCGGCGGAGGGAAAUGAUUUGGUCCUCACCCAUGGGAAUAUCAACGCCGACGAUAUAUACGUAUCGGAGAAGGGAAGCAUCGUGGCUAUCUCUAACUGGUCUGAAUCUGGCUUCUACCCGCGAUACUGGGAAUUUAUCAAGGCCAGGUUGGCAUACAACAGUGAGCCGAGUUUCGUCGAAGAAGGAACCAUUGAGAAGGUGCUAAAGCCAUACUGGUCUGAACUUGCCAUCAUGACACACGCUCACAAUAUGAUCUGGUGA